AUGGCAAAGUGCAGUAUUUCAGGAGAAAAAUUCAUUAACUUUGUGUUCAGCCCUUGCAUCGGGUUGCUUGUUAGUCCUGAUGUUAAUGAACUAUGCUUGCGAGAUAAUCUGACUUUUGAGGAAUUAUUAAGGCCAUUUAGCCAACUGUCUAAAGAUGUAACGUUUAGAGACAACAACAACGUCAUCCAUUCUGUGAAAAAUUUACAGCUAAAAUUUUUUGAUGUCAAUUCCUGUCUUUCGCCCAAACACAUAACUCAGUCUUGGGUGCGAUACUUUGUUAACAUUUGCUCUACAGAUAAUACUGUCAGGUCUCAGAAGUUUUGUGAUGGGAGUCGGUCUGUAGUCGUUCCAACAUCUCUUCCAUGGUUUGAAGCAUGGCGUUAUCUGUUCAUAACUAAUUUACAGCCAUUUGAACAUGAAUUUAUCACUCACAAUCUAGCCUGUAUAUUUGUUUUGACAACUGCACAUCCUGAUCCGAUUCGGGGUUUUACUGAACUAACUCAGAGCCAGUCCAAUCAACAACAUCAUCUUCCAGGAAGUCGUCCGUUUUGGUUUACAGAAAAUGUGCUUAAAUUUUAUGUAUUAUUACAUGAUGGUUCGUCGAAUAUCAAACAAAGCUGUGUUGACGAAAUAUUCAGCCAAGUGAAAACUACGUUUGGCGCUCUCAAUUGUCAUUUGUUAACCAUCUUCACUUCAUCAUCUGGAAGUGAAAUUUUAAGUAAUAACAGUUGCGCACCAAAUCACUUAUUAUUUAACAACCAUUAUCAAGCUAAUGGAAUAAUCAAUCAACCGAACACACCAUCUACUAUCGUCCAUGCAUCAGAAAAUGAACCACAUUCCGAUCCUUGGCUGCAUCAUUUGCUACCACAUGGCUAUAAACCCCAGUUGGAUCAUAAAUUAUUUCCACCCAGAGAUGCACCGAUAAAGUCAUGUAAUAAUCAAAUAAUAAAUGGAAACAACGAUCCCUUGACAGUUGAGGACUCUAGGGAAGCGUGUGGUCAAAUAUUUGAUCUUGGUAAAACAUCAUCUCUUGAUACAUCUUGUUUAUCUGCUUCAAGCAUUAGCUCCCAGUCCUCGUAUACAUUUUUACCCAGUCGUUAUAACCAACCACAUGGACAACAUUUAACACAAGCUGAUCGGGAUCGUAUACACAUGUUUGUUUAUGAUUUCAGUGUACGGGCUCUUCUCCCUUGGGUUGAGAAAACAAUGCGUAGUCUAAACGAUCAGAUUGCGCAUCGAAUGCGUCUUUCGCGUUCUUUCUUUAAUGCCACUAAGAAAUUUUUUACUCAAGCUGUUGGUGGUGGUGGCAGCAACAACACUACAGUUAGUACUACAAAUAACUUAACUUCAAGAACAUAUCCUAAUCCAUCGCCUAUUGAAACGUCAGCGAACUAUAUAAGUAAUCCGUGUAGCCCAAUAAAUCCUACUAUUGUAAAUGAUUCGAAGGGAGAAUCAUCUUCCAAUAGUAUAUUGACUCCUCAAAGUGUUUCAUAUGCAGCCCCAGCCAAUCACUCUACAAUUGUGUAUAGCCAAGAUUCACCUGAAUCUCAAAUGCGUCGUCUAGCUGAUUUAGCAUUUCUGUUUCAGCAAUAUGAAGUAGCCUAUCAGACGUAUAAUGUAUUAAAACGUGAUUUUCAAAAUGAUUCAGCUUGGUUACAUUAUGCUGGAGCUCAGGAAAUGUCUGCCUUAUCUGUUUACCUUCAAGGUGCGACAAGCCAACGUCAGUAUCCAUAUCAUCUCAUGGAUUCAGCUGUAACUACUUACCUUCAAUCUCAUUUAUCACCAGAACUUGCUUUACGAUCAACUCUGUUAAAUUUUGAAGCAUUAUGUAGUCGUGGUCUCUACAAUGAAGCUUCUGUGGCGUUGAUUCGACUAACUUCAGACGAAGAUGAUCUUAUCAGCGGUCUCCUCAUAGAACAAAUAGCUCAUUGCGUUCUAUCACUGAAACGCCCAAUGUUAAGAAAGUUUGCAUUUCGUAUGGCAUUAGCAGCACAUCGAUAUGCUCGGGCCAAACAGCCGCUUUUGGCAAUACGAAGUUACAAAUCAGCUAUGCCAAUUGUUAUGGGUCAUGGAUGGAGUUUAUUAGAGGAUCAUAUAAAUUUCAAUGUCGGUAAACAAGCUUAUCUUAUUGGAGAUUUAAAUACAUCUUGUAAGGCUUUAGCAGAAACAUUAAAUUCAUCUAGUAGACAGUCUGCGGAACGUCAAUUGAUAUUUGUUAAAGAAUAUUUAUCAACAUUAACAAAUUUAUUAUCUACUAGAUGUGAUAAAGACCAAACUUUACCAGAAUUCCCUUUACCAAUUAUUGAUCUUCAUAAUUUUAAAAUCAUCAUUGGUAAACCAUCGCAACAAUAUCAACAACCAGCUGAUAAUUGUAAUCAAGCAAAUUUACAUUCCGAUCUAUUCGUUGAAGCUCGAGGUGUACAGUUUUCGGAUACUGAAGACGAUGAAAUAGUGAAUGAAGAUAUUGGUGACGAAUUAACACCUUCCUCAUUGUCACAAGUCAUCGAGUGUGAGAAUAUCGAUCCAUUCAAUAAUGUAGAAUUUCAAAAACUCACUAAACACUAUCAUAAUUGGAUGGAGGCCACAGACGUUAGCAGUAGCAGCAGUGAAGAAAGUUUGGUAGACGGUGAUCAUGUUGAUACCCGUUACAGAAACGGUGAUUGUUAUCCUCAUCAUAUGAAUGACAGUAAUGAUGAAUCUAGUUAUCGUGUUACUCAUAAAAAAAGUAUAUCAUCUCAAAGUAUGAUUUGUCAACGACUAGAGUAUAUUCUUUUGCAAACAACAUUACCAACCGAUGAGUCGAAGAAUUCGCAUUACUUCAAACGUGAUAAAAUUAUUUACACACCUCGUUCAAAGUAUAAACGAAUGCCUACAUUUCCUCUUGGUGAACAUUUAACUGUACGAAUAACACUCAUUAAUCCUAUGCGUAUUCCAUUAGUUUUCACUAAUGUUCAUUUAUUAUGGAUAUUUAAGUUGACAAAUUCCAUCACAGAGUCAUCAUCUUGUACAGUGAAUACAAUUGAUCCAAAUAUAAUAAAUAAUUCAUCUUCUCACUAUCAUUUAUGUAAUAAUGUCAAUAAUGAUCAAUUAAUUAAUAUAACAAAUGAAAUUACAACUCAUUCCAACUAUUCUUAUCCUCAUCAUCAACAAGAAAGACAACAUGAAAUGAUCAAUCAAUUUGUUUCUGGUGAAACUAUAAGUGAAUUUAUUAUGUUACCGGGAGAACGAAAAAAUCUUCAACUUAGUAUAAUCGCUAAACGAUUGGGUCAGAUAACUAUAACUGGCCUAGGAUUUGAAUGGAGCUAUCUGUCACCUCAUCAAAAUAGUGUUGAAAAUCACAUUAACAUUAAUCAUUAUGUUGUUAAUUCACCAUCUAUUAUUGAAUCUGCGCCAAACUUAUUUUUAUCUACCACAACAUCAAAAUCAUUCAACAACAAUCUGUAUAUUGAUGGUAAAAAUUCAUCAGUUACUGAUUCAAUGUGCACUAAUCUCCCACCUCAUAUUACUACUAAUAGUGACAGUGCAAAAUUCUAUUCAAUCAUAAAAACGUAUAACAGUGUAAAUGAUAAUUCCAUGAUACGGCUACCGUUGGAUUGGUCAAUUACGCAUCCAGUUCCUUCUUUAAGAGUAUUUUUCAACUCAUUCCCAAGCCAACUCUAUGAAGGUCAGAUAUGUUCAGUUCAAAUUUCACUAACUAAUAGUGGGUUAAUACCACUGACUAAUUUGCGUAUCGCAUCAAAUUGUCCAGGUUUAUUUGCAUUUGGUUCAAUUCCAUAUGAUCUGUCACCAAAUAAACAUAUUCAUUAUCUUUCAAUUCAGCCAUUAGAGCCAUGGAUUGAUGUUCCUUUUAGUCAGUCUUCUUUAAACAACAGUUACUGUACUGGUAAACAACCUUCUAUACUAAUGCCAGGUACAACUAUUACACAGAAAUUAUGGUUACGUGGUCCAUAUUUAACAUAUCCAUAUUCUCGUAGAAUGCAUCAUAACCCGAAUUCACAUCGUUAUCCUCAGCUCAUUUCAGCUUUACCAUCAUCAUCAUCAUCAUUAUCUAAUCAAAGUAGCUAUGGUAGUAACACUUCCGGUGUUGUAACUUAUGGUGGUCCUCCUACCGUUACUACUACAGUUCCUGUAACUUCUACUAUAAACACCAAUACUGGUAUUUUACAUCAUAUACAGCAAAAAACUGUACAUAUUGUUUUUCAAUAUGAAUCCACUAACAAUUUACGAAAUGAACAAAGGCAAAAACCAUUUUCUGGUUGUCGUUAUGUUCGCCAUCGUUCUGAACUUGAACUGAAACCAUCAUUGCAUUUUGAAGCUGUUGCAAAUUGUUUAAAUAUAACCGAUAUCAAUGAUUUGCUGAUUAGUGUACAAAUUAAAAAUGUUGUUAAUUCAACAGUUCCUAUAAAUUUUCAAAUUAUGCAGAUUGCUUGUAUUAGUCGUGAUUGGAGCAUAAAACCUAUUCAAUCAACUUGUAAUAUUGAUACUGUUCCUAGUAUAAAUGUUAUCGUCAACUCAUUUAGAAUUUUUUGUCGAUCUGGAAUAAAUUGGCAUCAUCACUCUAAUGAUGAUUCAAUUAAAUCUUCUGACGACAGUUUAUCCUUGGAUAUUAAUCUUCUUAUAACAUGGAAGGGUUCAACAGAAACUACACUAACUAAUCUUCAACAAUCUAUUUGGGGGCAAAGUCAUUUAGGAAUUAAUCAUCUAAAUUAUCCAGUACGAAUGCCAUAUAACUAUGACAAUAAUUAUAAUACAUUGGAUUUACAAUCAUCUAGAAGAAGAUUUAAAAAGCGUAAACAUAAAAUCAUAAAUAAGACAAAUUCUACAAAAAUAGUUGAUUUCAACGAAUUUGAUUUAUCCAAUUUAAUGAGAUUUCAAUUAAAUUAUCCAAAACUUGUAAAUUAUUAUUCCCAGAAGAACAAUAAUAUUUCUGAUGAUCAAAAUCAACACAAUCAUAAUCAGAAUAUAAAUUAUACUACUUGUUCAUUUGAAGAUUUCUUUAAACAUUUUUAUAAUUCACCAUUCAAUCUUCUUAAUAAUAAUCGAUUAAUAUGUGAACAAUUGAAAAAAUUUUUUGUUCCAAUCUCUGUACAAGCCAAAAUAUACAAUAGUUCAAAAUGGCCUAUUAUUGUUCAAUUAGAUAUGAAUGAUAAGAAUGAAUUUCAACGUGAACCAAUAUCAGAAGAGGUCUUAUCAUCAACACUUGAAACAAAUCAAUCACAACAUAUUAAUCCGUUUCAAGUGUAUAACUCAUCAUCAUUGUCGCAAUUGGAAUCAAUUUCUCGUAAUAUAUCCUUUAUUCCAUCUCUUAUAUGGAUUGGUUUAACUAAACAAGAAUUUCAUCUACAACCGUAUCAAGUCAAAUGCUUAACACUAAAAGGUCUAGCACCACAACUUGGAAUUUAUAACUUAUGCACAUUUAGUAUAAAAGCAGCUCCACUAUUACUAUGUAAUUCACAUUCCAAUCUAAACACAACAAAUAAACCUUUGUUAAUUGAUCAAAAUAUAUUUCCAAUAUUUCUUGUUAAAAAUCAUAAUAUGUUAUCUUUGGUUAUUGUAGAAUAAUUAAACAAAAAAAAACCAUUGUGUCCAUGUAAUCAAUCACCGUCUGCCAUGUAAACACAAUCCUUAACAACGUGCCUCUUUUCAUUUUUGUUGAGAUUCAAUGUAUACAAUAGAUGAUAAAGUAAUAGUUGUUUCAUAUUUAACACUGUUAUCGUCAAUAAAGCAUAAUGAUGAUUUAAUUCUACUCGAAUUGAUGUUUAUCUGUCUUAUGAUUUGUCUAUCUAUUUGUUUGAU